UUGCUGUUGACUACUUCGCGCCAUAUUGAUAUUGUCAGUUUCUCUCCUACCCUCUCAUCUUACAGACGUCGAACAUCAAGGGCAAAGCAAUGCCGGCAUCAUUUCAGAAAAAUUCAGGAAGUGCUUUUAAGCAACAGCCAUCACCAACAAAACUUCAAUUAUUCUUCGUUAUUGGAGCAAUUAUGAUUUUAAUUAGAAUCUAUUUACACGUUUCAAACAGUGUGAAAGAGUUUGUCUAUGACUACACAGACUGUAUCAGCCAAGAGAAUCCUUCCUUCUCAUGUGCGGAAAUCUUGGAAAUGGAUACAACCAAAGCUUGCACUUGUGUCAUUCCAUUACAAUUGCCGGAAGCUUUUGAAGGUGAUGUGGACAUCUUUUAUGGCUUGAGUAAUUUUUACCAAAACCACCAUCAAUAUGUCAAGUCAAGGGACGAUCAACAGUUGCUGGGAGCUCUUGGUCCUGUCUCAAAUACAUGUGAGCCCUUUGCCCGUUAUCCUGAUCAGAACAACAUGGGUAUGACUAAACAAGUAGUGCCCUGUGGUGCCAUAGCCAACAGUUUUUUCGAUGAUAUCCUGAAUCUAUUGAAGAAAGAUGGUAACCCUGUUCCUGUUCUCAACACUGGGAUUGCUUCCCCAUCUGAGAAAAAGAAAUUUAGGAACCCACCGAACAGCCAGACCAACCUCAGUGAAGUGUACAAGGAUUAUGUCAAGCCACCAAACUGGAGAAAGAACAUUUGGGAGCUCGACCCUAGUAAUCCUGAUAACAAUGGUCUGCAAAACGAAGAUUUGAUUGUUUGGAUGACGACUGCUGCUCUCCCGAACUUCCGCAAGUUGUACCGCCGCCUAAACCGUACUACCGAAGGCUACAAUUUUGGACUGCAAGCCGGAAAUUAUACUCUUCACGUGGAAUACAAUUACCCUGUUCAUUCGUUCGGCGGCAGGAAGAGUUUCAUCAUUUUGACGACGUCAUUCAUGGGUGGCAAAAAUCGUUUCCACGGCAUCAAUUUGAUCGUUGUGUGCUGCAUUGGUAUCGUUGUGGGCUGCAUUGGUAUCGUUGUGGGCUGCAUUGGUAUUCUCCUAGACGUAAUUGAUUUACUAAUUCGUUUCCUCGGCAUCAGUUUUAUCGUUGGUGGCUGCAUUGGUAUUCUCCUAGACGUAGUUUUUGAUUUACUAAUCAAACGUUAUGCUCUGUUGAAUCGCAGCAAUAAGGAAAUGGCCAACGUGACUCCUCGUUCACCUAUCCAGUGCGUCUAAACAAAAUUGUCUUGGUCGGCUAUCUGCCUGAGAUGGGAACUCAAACUUGGGUGUCCGUGGUUUCGUUUUCGUUAGUUCGGCCGGCGUUUUCCCUUCUUUUCUCUAUCUCUAUUUCCUUUUGCCUGAAUGUCUUUUCUAUGUUACUUUUCAUUCUCUAACUGUAACUUCAUUUUUAAAAUUGAUUCACUUUAAAAAACACAGAAACACAGCAAUUUUGACUGUCUUAAUUUACAUUCACUAAUGUAUUGAAUUGAGGCAUCAAUAGAUUGCGCGCAUUUUAACUUG